AAAACUACCUGCUAGCUUUUCAAGAAGGUUAUCAUUUUAAAAUUAGAAUCUGACUUAUUGAGAAAUAUUGCAAUUGUGGAGGAGACCCUAUUCAGACAAAACUGCAGUAUUACCUAUACUCGAAAAAGACGAAUCCGAAAGUUAAUCUAAGCUAAUCCGCAAGUAAGUUGCAAUAAAGGAUUUCCUUAUAUUUUUCGUAUUUCUAGGUUUGUUUUAGAUGUACUACCUAAAUAUGAACAUUGCAAAAACAAAAUCUUAUAUUAGAAAUUAAAAUAUUAAAUGACGCAAAUACGUACAUCACCCAUGAGUUGAAAACAUUCUUAGUUUAUGACGAAAUAUACAGAAUUUUCGGUAAAAUUUCAAGUCUAUUCAAGGUUGUAAUUAUGACUUAAAAAUGGUAAUAUUUUAUUGUUAGACAGUCAGUCUUUCAUUAUGAUCAGCGUGUUACUGUUGUGUGUGAUUUGGUGUGGUUGUGUAGUCCUGGCAUGGAGAGCUUAUGGCAAGAAAGGGACUGCACACCCAUUGCCACCUGCCUUGUCUGGUGGUUUACCGAUCAUUGGGCAUUCGCUGAAGACUAUUGGGGAUACCGAAGGAAUAUGGCAUAUCUUGAAUGAUAUGUCCAAAGAAUGCGUGCAGAAAGGAGGUGUUAUUACAGCUCAUAUUGGACCCGACUUAUAUUACUUAAUAACGGAUCCAGACGAUGCAUUGACGGCGGCCAACGCUUGUAUGCAGAAACAUUUCAUCUACGAUUAUGUCAAAACAUGGCUUGGAGAGGGACUUUUGACGUCAUCAGGAGCACUAUGGCAGCGUCACCGAAAACUACUGAAUCCUGCCUUCACUGUCUCAGUAAUACACAGCUUCCUCGGGAUCUUCAAUCACAUGUCUAGGCAGAUGAACGAGGAGGUAGAGGUCCAUGUCGGCAAGGGACACUUUGACCACUCCACGUAUCUGAGGCUUAUCGCUUUCCAGACCUUUAGUAGAACCGGAUUUGGGAUAAGCGACUCCAAAGUGAAGGAAUUUGCCCGAAAAUAUAUGGAAUCAUCUGACCAGAUAAUGAACUUGGUGAUACAUAGGUUCCAAAAUAUUUGGCUGCACAGCGACUUGAUAUUUAAGCUGAGUGGCCUGAAAAAGAAGAAAGAUAGAUUGAUAAAGAUUCUGGAUAAUAUGGCUAACCAGGUUAUUGAAGGCAAAAAAGAGGAAAUGAAAAAUGCUUCGAAAGGUGAAAGGACCUAUGAAUAUUCUGUCACAGGUACAAGAUGUAAACCACUCAUGAGUUUGUUGAUGGAACUGAAAAAUGAUGACACUCUGACGGAGAAGGAAAUUAAAGAGGAAGUAGACACAGCUAUAGUGGCGGGUUUUGAUACAACUUCGAACUUAAUGACGGUCCUGUUUGUGGCUGUAGGGGCAUACCCUGAGGUACAGCAGAAGAUGUAUGAAGAAAUGAUAGAAGUCUUAGGUCCUGAUAGAGAUGUCGAGAAGGAUGACAUCAAGAGGCUAGUCUACACUGAAGCUGUUAUAAAGGAAACCCUUCGCGUUUAUCCCACGGGACCCGCACUACUCAGACACGUCGAUAGAGAUGUUAAACUUAAGAACUACAUAAUGAGGGGUGGCAGUCAGUGUGUGAUCCUACCAUUGGGGACACACCGGGACCCCCUGUGGGGCGAGGAUGUCGAAGCCUUCCGUCCUGAGCGCUGGCUGGACCCAGCUGUGGCUGCGCUCUAUAACAGCGCCUUCUAUGGCUUCAGUCUAGGGAAGCGAUCUUGCAUCGGUAAAACUUACGCGAUGAUAUCAAUGAAGGUGACCCUCGCACACUUCAUCAGGAAGUACCGCAUCACAGCUGACGUCAACGAGCUGAGGUUCAAAGUGGAUAUGCUACUGAAAGCUACGAAGGCUUCGAUCAGGAUAGACAAGAGGGAAUAAAGGAGGCAGCAGAAAAAGAACGAAGGAGGUGAGAGGAAUUGUAACAAAAAAUAAGCAGUUUGUUUCCAAUAAACUGUUGUUGACAAUAAAUACUUGUAGGAUAAUAAAA